AAAAUCCUCUCCAUGCCUCAACAACUCCACGGCGGUGGCAGGCGAAACCUUUCGCCUCUCUGUUCUCUCUUCCCCAUCUAAAACCCCUACUCGCCAAAUCCCAAACUCUCCCACAUCCCGUCGGUCUCCUCCACCUUCCGUGGUUGCAUUCCGCCCCAAAUUGGUCGCAGGAAUGACCCUCCUUUCUCACCCCUUCCCCACUCCCCGAACCCCCACCACUCCCACUUCCACAUUCUUCUCUUCCCAGAUCCUUCGCAAGCCCUUCCUGGGCGCACAGCGGCUGGCGCAGCCUCCGCCGCCGCGGCUUAAUUGUGCCCCAAUCGAGCGCCUACGUCCGAGGGCGGGCAUAACCGCGGCCGGGCGGAGCAAGCCAAAGGAGCUGGUGCUCGGAAACCCGUCGGUGGCCGUGGAAAAGGGCAAGUACAGCUACGACGUGGAGACCCUCAUCAACAAGCUCAGCAGCCUCCCGCCCCGCGGCAGCAUUGCUCGCUGUCUCGAGGCCUUCCGCCACCGCCUCUCCCUCGCGGACUUCGCCCUCGUCUUCAAGGAGUUCGCUCGCCGCGGCGACUGGCAACGUUCCCUCCGCCUCUUCAAGUACAUGCAGCGCCAGUCGUGGUGCCGCCCCAACGAGCACAUCCACGCCAUCCUCAUCGGCGUGCUCGGCCGCGAGGCCCUCCUUGACAAGUGCCUCGACGUGUUCGACGACAUGCCGGCUCAUUCGGUCCCCCGCACCGCACUAUCUUACACGGCGCUCAUCAACGCCUACGGCCGCAACGGCGACCACGAGACCGCGCUGGCGCUCCUCGCCCGGAUGAAGGACGACCGCGUGGCUCCGACGUCCCUCACCUACAACACAGUCAUCAACGCGUGCGCUCGUGGCGGGCUCCCAUGGGAUUCUCUGCUCGGCCUGUUCGCGGAGAUGCGCCACGACGGAAUUCGUCCGGACCUCGUCACCUACAACACUCUCCUUGCCGCCGCGGGGGCGCGGGGGCUUGCCGAUGAGGCGGAGAUGGUGCUUCGGACCAUGCUUGAGGCCGGCGUCUUACCCGACAACGCAACUCACACUUACCUCGUCGACACAUUCGCCAAGCUUGGCCAACUCGAUCGUGUUUCGGAGCUUCUGUUGGAAAUGGAAGCGAGCGGCCACCUUCCCGACGCCGUUGCUUACAACGUGCUCAUGGAGGCGUACGCGAAGGCAGGUGCAACGAAGGAGGCGAUGGGGGUCCUCCGCCAGAUGCAGGCGGCAGCGUGUACCCCCACCGCCGCGACCUACAGCAUCCUUCUCAAUCUCUACGGGAGGAGUGGGCAGUACGAGGACGUCCGCGACCUCUUCUUGGAGAUGAAGGUCGGGAAUACCGCACCGGAUGCCUCCACAUAUAACAUCCUCAUUAGUGUGUUUGGGGAGGGGGGUUACUUCAAGGAGGUGAUCACGCUGUUCCAUGACAUGGUGGAGGAGAACGUAGAGCCCAAUAUGGAAACCUAUGAAGGACUCAUGUUCGCCUGCGGAAAGGGGGGUCUUCAUCAAGAAGCCAAGGCGGUGCUCUCCCACAUGAACCAGAAGGGAAUUGUCCCAAGCUCAAAGGCCUAUACCGGAGUUGUAGAAGCAUAUGGACAGGCAGCUUUAUAUGAGGAAGCUUUUGUCGCAUUUAACACUAUGCAUGAAAUUGGGAGCAUAGCGACAGUGGAGACUUAUAAUUCCCUGUUAUAUACUUUUGCUAGAGGGGGUCUCUUCAAGGAAGCACAGGCGAUCUUGGCACGGAUGGAUGGAGCUGGGGUUCAGAGAGUUGAUGAUACUUUCAAUGCCCUCAUUGAUGCAUACUGUCAAGGAGGACAGUUUGAGGAUGCUUUGAAGGCUUAUGUGGAAAUGCAGAAAUCAAAAUGCAAACCAAAUGAGUGGACCCUGGAGGGAAUUCUGAACGUCUACUGCAUCGCUGGGCUUGUUGAUGAGAGCAAGGAGCAGUUCCAAGAAAUUCAGUCGCUUGGGGUCAUGCCUAGUGUCGUGGCCUACUGCAUGUUGCUUGGCAUAUAUGCUAAGAAUGACAGGUGGGAUGAGGCUUACCAGUUGCUGGAAGAAAUGAAAACGAAUAGGGUUUCUAAUACUCAUCAAGUAAUUGCUUCAAUGAUCAAGGGGGAAUAUGAUGAUGAAUCCAAUUGGCAAAUGGUGGAGUAUGUCUUUGACAAAUAUAACUCUGAAGGUUGUGGUUACGGUUUGCGAUUGUACAAUGCACUCCUAGAAGCACUUUGGUGGCUGGGCCAAAAAGAAAGGGGUGCACGCGUACUCAACGAAGCAACCAAGCGUGGGCUCUUUCCUGAGCUGUACCGUCAAAGCAAUCUAGUUUGGUCUCUUGAUGUCCAUAGGAUGUCUUUUGGUGGUGCUCUUACUGCUGUAUCAGUGUGGCUUGGCGACAUGCAUGCUAGAUUCAAGCGAGGGGAUGAUCUUCCUAACUUGGCGACAGUUGUUGUAGUGCGUGGGGAGAUGGAGAAAAGUUCAGUAACAAGGGGGUUACCUGUUCCGAAGGCAGUAUACUCAUUCCUAAGAGAUAAUGUAUCUUCAUCAUUCCAUUUUCCUGGAUGGAACAAGGGCCGUGUUGUCUGCCAGAGAUCUCAGCUGAAAAAGCUCCAAUUAAGUGUCUCAGAUUCAUCUACAGAUGCCUCUGAAGCUACGGAUUUGGUUCCUAUAAUGAAUGCAGGCUUCCCACAACCUGGUACCCGAAUACACACUGCCGAGUUCAACAGUGACAGUGAAAGCGGUACUGAUGAUGAGUCAUUAAGCAGUGAAAAGGAAGCAGAACUUCUACCGAUAUGAAUGCACAGGUGACUUGGCAAUCCUGCGUGUGCAGCUAACCCUGUUGACAUUGGGACAAUUUUGAGUGUGGCUGGUGCAGAAAGAACAUUGACUGAAUUGGAGGUUUGCGAGUUAUCGAAGUUUUAGCUUUGAAUUAAUGGGGCUUUACUACAGGAUGGUUACCAUCCCACAUGGUGUAUCAGUAUACCGGUAGCAUGAGAUGGAAGGCUAUGGAAGUGCAAGGCCUGAGUUUAGGAGCUCUUGAUUGCAUCCAAAUGUUCCAUGGAUGUAUCCUGCAGAUGUCUGAAUUUAAUUGCUUAAGAUGGGUCUAUGUAACCUGGGAAGUAUCCAAUAUACUCUUGAAAGAGACACAUAUAAGCCCUUAUUUUGCGGUGGUAUCCUGUUAGUCGGAAAAAAAUCUAGCAGGCUGUCUACUCGUCUGGUUAUGAUAGAUCAUUUCUGUAUGUAUCAAAGUUCUUUUAACUGUUUGCUUUAGUUGUUGUUCAUACUCUGGAAUAAGGUUUUGAUAUUGAUGGGCACUGUUUCUGGAUGGAGCUAA